CAAAUUGGGCGGUGCUCGUCUGACGGUGGCAGCAUCCUGGCCGUAAUCAGUGCCGCUCACACGCCUCCUUGCUUAGUUUGACUUAACCCUCCGGUGACUUACAACAAAUGAUGAUUGCUAAUGGGUUGGCUACCUGUUAGCUGGUGAUUAUAUACACCUCCAGAUCAAGAACGCCUAAUACCGAAGGAAAUCGAAGCGCCCACAGCGGAAAAAAAAGGAAUUUCUUCACAGAUUUCACCAUGACUAUGGAUCUCAUGUCGAGCGAGGCGCCCCUGAAGAUGCUGUCAAUGGGAGGUGGAGGUCUUGGGAAGGACACGACGGCGUCCCUGCUGGAGGAGAGGUCCCCCGAGGGCUUGUGGCGAGCCUUCUUACAAGGCUCCCACCACCACCACCACCACCAUCACCACCCAACACCACCACCACCAACCACCACACACAGGAUGGAUACAAUAGACCGCCCAGUCACCCCAGAUUCGCCAGGAGCUGCCCUGCUGCCGCCCUCAGGAGUGGGCGGCCGGGCGUCGCCCUCGCCGCCCCCCGCCCACACCACCGUCUGCGACACCCACGGUGUGGACGAGGAGUUAACCCACAAGGGUCACAGCCCCGUGGUACAGAGUGCUGGGGGGACAACGCAGCAACAACAGACAGUUCAGCAACAGCCACCAACGAGCCAAUCAGCGGCGGAGAUCCGGCGAUACCGAACAGCCUUCACCAGGGAGCAGAUCGGCCGACUGGAGAAGGAGUUCUACAAGGAGAACUACGUGAGCCGACCCAGGCGCUGCGAGCUGGCCCAGGAGCUGAACCUGCCGGAGUCCACCAUUAAGGUGUGGUUCCAGAAUCGUCGGAUGAAGGACAAACGUCAGCGUUUGGCCCUGGCGUGGCCCUAUGCUGACCCUGCCUUGGCCGCUUAUUUACUACAUGCUGCUGCUGCCACAGGUGCCUACCCACCAUACCUCCCACCCUCUCUCACCACUGCUUCCCCAUGGGCUGCUGCAGCUGCAGCGGCAGCUGCUGCCCAGGUGGGGGGAGGUCCACCCCUCGGCUAUAGCGUACCUUCUCACGCACCAGCAUUGACCCGUUUUGCUCCAUACCCUCGCCCUCAUCCAGGAUUGCUCACCUCGCCCUAUCUAAGACCUGGAGAACUGCGACCACACGAGGUCCCUUCAGUUCUUCCUUCUCCUUUAACACCAACACCAGUGUCGCCGCGUCCACUAGUGGGUGGUCACCUUGCUACGUGCCCACUGCGAGACUCCCCUAAGGUGGGAGGAGAGUCUUGCGUGUGUGGUUUGCUGUACCCAACUUUACCCCUCUCUCACCCACUUGCCCCUAACCUUGACCCUACACCACUAACCACAUCUUCACCUACCACCACCACCACCAUUACCAAUCCUACACCUAGCACCCCACUUAAUAUUUCUGGGGGAUCUCUGGGGCAAACAUCACCGUCACACAAGACUAACUCCACCCCUUCACUUUUCCAACCCUACCGGGAUGAUCCAUAAGCUACCUCACCCCACCCCUGCCACUAGAUCUUUAUUUUAGCACACUUAAGCAACUUGGGCAUCAUCUCUACCUCUCCAGU